AGGGCGGAGCGGGCCCGGAGCGCGGGCCCCGCCACAGACCCGGCCCUGGCGGGGGUCCAUGCCCCGCCAUCCCCGGGGCUCCGCCGGCAGCAGGACCUUACCGGGCUCUUCUUCCCCUGCAGCCCCGGGGGCGGCAGUCGAGGCGCGGCGGCGGAUCGGAUCCAGGCGGCGGAACGGCCCGGCCCCAGCCCCGGCUGCAGGGCCCGCGAGCCGGCGGCGCCCAGCGCCGUGCCCCGCGGGUGGCAGCGGGUGAGCAGCCGCAGGCGGGCGGGCCGGACGGCCGGGAGGAUCGACGUGUACUUCAUAAGCCCUGAAGGGAAGAAGCUGAGGUCAAAACGAGCACUUGUGGAGUAUUUACAGAAAACUGGGAAGACAACACUGAAAGCAGCAGAUUUUGAUUUUGCAGCUCCUCGAGGGAGCACAUGCUCAGGACUGAGGGGAUGUUGCACGGGAGCUGCGAGGACCCACCUGGAAAAGGAGGAUUGUCAGAGCAAAGUGCAGGAGCUCCAUGCACAGAAUGAUGCUGAGGCUGGAAUUCAGAACACCCAGGCUGGGAAUGGACACCUGGAAGAUGCUAUAUCCACUGUGGAAGGCGCAGAUUUAGUAGUGGUAGGCACAAACCCAGAGGAGAGUUUGAAAACCAAAAGAAAGAGGGCAGAUGGGAAAACUGUCCAAAGUAGGAAAUGUGAGAAAGGCUCAGAAAGGAGGAACCGAGGUGACCCCGAGAGCAAGAGGCAGAGAAGACUCUCUAACACACGGGAGAACAAGAGGGUCCGUAGACAGACAGAGGCACGUGGAGCUGUCACCCAGGGAGUGGGGGAAGCAGGUGCUGCGCCUGCGGGUGCAGGGAAAGCUCUGUCAGCAAUGCCCAGGGCUCGGCUGAGGUCAGUGGCUGCCUCACACAGGGACCUGGGCCACCUGCCAAAGGAGGGGCCGUGCUCCAGUGGCACACCUGCUGCCAGGCCUGAGGAGAAGUCCUGUGGGCAGGUGCCAGCUCCGGGGGAUCUGGGGCGGCAGGAUGUGUCCUCUGACCCCGAGGUGGAUGCUGAGCCGUGGGACGGGACGAGCUCCGCCGCAGGCAGAACGUCAGCAGAAGAGUCUGCCCCACGAACACAAGUGGAGAGAAGGAAAACGAGUCCGUAUUUUUCCAGUAAAUACAGCAAAGAAGCCCCCAGCCCACCCAGAAGGAAGGCCCUCAGGAAAUGGACUCCUCCACGUUCUCCUUUCAAUCUUAUCCAGGAAACACUCUUCCAUGAUCCGUGGAAGCUUCUCAUUGCCACCAUAUUUCUCAACAAAACUUCAGGGAAAAUGGCCAUUCCAGUGCUCUGGGAGUUCCUGAAGAAGUAUCCUUCUCCUGAGGUAGCCAGGGCUGCAGACUGGAAAGAAAUGUCAGAGCUGCUCAAACCUCUUGGGCUCUACGAACUCAGAGCCAAAACCAUCAUCAGGUUCUCAGGCGAGUACCUGAGCAAGGCGUGGCGGUACCCGAUCGAGCUGCACGGCAUCGGCAAGUACGGCAACGACUCCUACAGAAUCUUCUGUGUUAACGAAUGGAAGGAGGUGCAGCCACAGGACCACAAGUUGAACGUGUACCACACGUGGCUGUGGGAGAACCGGGAGAAGCUGAGCAUCGACUGAGCAGAGCUGGGGGCGACCUGGCCCUACCGCCUCCCCUCGCGUGCCCUCACAGUUCUGGGUGUAAAUAUUUGUGUGAUGCCAUGGCUGGAGUCACUGCUAUUUUUUUAAUAAACGUGUCCCUGUUUUGUA